AUGCUUCAACAAGCAAACAUCCUGUAUUCCAAAGGGUUCUCCAUCAUCAUAAUCCACAUUCACUUCAACUCUCCAAAUCCUCAGAACUACCCUCACUUCACCUUCUCUUUGAUUUCCGAUGGCCUCUUGGAACAUGAGGCUUCUACCACAGAUAUUAUACAUUUGGUGACACUCCUCAAUAUCAAAUGUGUUAAACCCUUUAGUGAUGGUUUAUCUAAGUUGUUGUUGGAUGUUAAGGAGGAGCCAAUUUCUUGCAUAAUUACAGAUGCCCUCUGGUACUUCACUCAAGCUGUUGCUGACAGCACUAAGCUUCCAAGGAUUGUGCUACAUACCGGUGACAUUUCUUCAUUCCUUGUUUUUGCUGCUUUUCCACUUCUGCGAGAAAAGUAUUUCAUAACCAAAGAUUUUCAACUAGAAGAACCAGUUAUAGAGACUCCCCCACUUAAAGUGAAAGAUCUUCCAGAAUUUAAAACACAAGACCUAGAAGACCUUCAUCAUUAUGUAGCCGGAUUGAUAAAUGAAAGCAAGGCCUCAUCAGGACUCAUUUGGAACUCUUUUGAAGAGCUCGAGCAAGAUUCACUUACUAGAUUAAGCCAUGACUUUCCUAUUCCCAUUUUCACAAUAGGUCCAUUUCACAAGUACAUGCCAGCCUCUUCAAGCAGUUUAUUUACACAAGACCCAAGCUGCCUCUCCUGGCUAGAUGCCCAAGCUCCUAAUUCUGUACUCUAUGUGAGCUUUGGGAGUCUUGCAGCCAUAAAUAAGAAUGAAUUUCAGGAGAUAGCUUGGGGACUAGCCAAUAGCAAUCAACCUUUCUUGUGGGUUGUUCGACCAGGAUUUAUCCAGGGUUCAGAAUGCCUUGAACCAUUGCCGAAAGGAUUCCUUGAGAUGGUAGGUGAAAGGGGUUAUAUCGUGAAAUGGGCUCCUCAACAAGAGGUUCUAGCACAUCCUGCCACCGGAGGGUUUUGGACACACAACGGGUGGAAUUCCACAUUAGAAGGCAUUUGCGAAGGGGUGCCCAUGAUUUGUCAGCCUUCAUUUGGUGACCAGAAAGUAAUAGCUAGGUAUGUUAGUGAUGUUUGGAAAAUUGGGAUACACUUGGAUUAUAUGCUUGAGAGAGGGAAGAUAGAGAGGACUAUCAAAAGAUUAAUGGUGGAGGCAGAAGGACAAGGAAUGAGGGAGAGAAUUAUGUCUUUGAAAGAAAAGGAAGAGGACCCUUUAUUUCCAAGUUAUGUGACCUUAUGGAUUUGCAUUGCUCAUAUUAUUACUGUUGUUAUCGGCUCUGGAGUUCUGUCAUUGGCUUGGAGUACAGCACAACUAGGAUUUGAUUUGCUUUGCUUUGCGAUUGUCACCUACAUUUCUGCAUUCCUCCUUUCCGAUGCUAUAAGUCCUCUGACCUUUGAACCUUUGAACUUGCUUGGUGCUGCAAAAGUAAUUGGUAUUGCUGCUAAUCUGAUCAGUUCUUCCUUCCUGUUUAUAGACAUCAUGCUCGCUAUAAAAGACUUACCUUUUCAGUCGCAGCAAAUAGGUGUUGAAGCUCAAUUUUGUGUGUUUCUGAGGUUAAGCAUGGAUUUGCCAUGCGAAGAAGCCUCCAAAACUUGUGUAAUUGCAGAAAAUGGGAGGAUUAAGGGGAGCAUUACAAAUUAA